CAACCUCUGCAGCUUCAGUGAAAUCACUGUCCUCAGCCUGAACUGAGCUCCAUCAGGAUUGUGGAGAGGGCAGUACUGGGGAUUUACUUUACAUAUACCCCUAGCUCCUUUCAGCUGGACACUGAAACCUUCAUUUUUCUUCUUCACCUGACACUCAAGCUUCACACAAGAUAUCAACUAUGCCGAAGAUCUUGAUCCUCCCAGCGCUGCUUGUUUUGCUUAUGCCUCUUCUCAUACAAGCACAAGAGGAGCUAAGUGGGGACAAAUCUGAGGAAUCUGGUGCUUUUGAAUCUGGGCAAGCAAGUGGGGAGCUUAGCGGAGAAGCAAGUGGUGAAUCUAGUAGACAAGUCAGUGGAGAGCUAGGCUGGGAGCCCAGUGGGCAAUCUAUGGGUCAAUCCAGCCUCCCCGAGGAAAGCAGUGGAAGUGGAUCUGAGCCCUCAUAUGAAAUAGAUUGAGAUGGAUGAAACGUCCCACCCACUCCCUUUACAUCAUCAGCUGCAUUGAAGGAGAUUUCAAGCCUCAAAAUGAGAAGCACAACAUCACCCUUGAGAAAUGAGUGUGUAGAGCAUUAGCAAGAGUGCUGUUGAGUUUGUUAAAUUUCUAACAUUUGUGAUUAUUCUCUUAAUAAAGUAUUUAGGGUGCAUUAUAUUCUGAAAAGUGACUGUAAAAAUGGUUACUUUUCAUUCAGUAGCUCUGCUGUGUGCAUGUAUCAAACUCAGAGUGACUGACUUUAGUGACUAAAAUAUGUUUUUUGUGUGUUCAUCCUGAAGAGCCAUCACAGUUCAGAGAGAAGAAGCUGGAGUCUAUGCCUUCUUCUGCAUCAUCCACAGAAUUAUUUACUGAAGUCUGGUUACACCUGUGCGAAGCCAUUGAUGGGAAUGGGACUGCACAAGUGUUACUGAGGGCAGAAUUUGGCCUGGAGUGCUUUUACUAUUGGUGUUGAUGUACGGGAAAAAAAGAACCCUGCUUGAUUCUUGGAGCUCAGGCUGAGUUUACAGAGUCAGCAGCUAGAAAAAACAACAUUUUUAUUUUUAUUAAUUUGAUCUGGAGUCCCAGAAAGAUUAUAUGCAUGGAGCCCCACAAUGCCAUUUAUACAGUCACUUUUCAAAAUAUGACUAUCAUCCAAGCUGUGAUGAAUUGGAGGGAUCUAUUGAGAGGUGAUGUGCAAUAAUUAAACUGUGACCUCUGAGAAUUCUCCAAGCAGGUGAACAUUCUGCCAUUCUCUCAACUAAGAUCUAUCCCUUGCUAAUAUAACGAUCACUGUACAUAAAAAAUGAUGACAUUAAAAUGCUGAUAGUGUGGCUCUCUAUUGCAGCAGCAGAUCACAUCCUCUCCUUGCCUACAUAAUGUUUUUUUUAAUUCUUUCACUUCAUGAUCUUACACACUAGCAACAGUACUGCAUAUUACAAUCUAACAAUAAAUAAAGCCCAUAGUUGGGACAUAAGUGAUGUACAUGUGAUGCUAGUCAACCCUAUUAAUGAUUGGCGAACAAUUUUUUUGAUCUACUUGCCUUGAGAGUCCAUUCCACAGCCUAAUACAUCUCACCAUCAGGAAGCUUUUCCAGAUGGCCAACCUAAAAUUGCUUUUUAUCCUUCUUUCAUAAGACAGUCUCUCCAGCCCAUUAACUUCUAGUGCUGGGAACUUGUCCUGCCUUCCUUCCACAUCCUGAGCUCCCAAAACCCUCUACAACUGCAGGGUCACACAGUUCUCUCCCCCUUUCUCUCCCAGUCUCAGUUUCUUGCUUCCCAUCAGUAUCCAGUCUCAGAAUGUCCGUCUGUCCCCCGGCCACGCCACAGGCACCUUGUCCCAAUCUACUCUCCUCCUCUCAUCUCGAUCUGAUUCUUGUCUCUUCAACUAUUCAAUUCAGGUGGUUUCCUUUCUGCACUGCCUGGGCCCACAGGGGAAGACAGUCUCCCUGGGACAGAGUGCCAGGAGUGAACAGAUGAGCCUGUACUCUGACUGUGAUGCUGGCCAAGCCCCAGGUCUUAUUGGAUGGGAGGAGGGAUAGCUCAGUGGUUUGAGCAUUAGCCUGCUAAACCCAGGGUUGUGAGCUCAAUCCUUGAGGGGGCCACCUAGGGAUCUGGGGCAAAAUCAGUACUUGGUCCUGCUAGUGAAGGCAGGGGGCUGGACUUGAUGACCUUUCAAGGUCCCUUCCAGUUCUAGGAGAUAGGAUAUCCCACCCACUGCCCUACUUUUGGUCUGGGCUUCCUGCAGGGCUGAAGUCAUCUGUCUGUCCCCUCUAACACAUGGCCCCAGCCCUUUCCUGCUUAUAGGCUUGAUCCAUCAGCACUGGAGACCAUGGAAAUUAUGUCAUUGACUUCAAUGAGAACUAGACCAGGCCUUAGCUUUAGGCUCAUAUGUAAUACACGUUAUACCAAUAUCACCAUUGGAGUUGAUCCAAAGUCAGCACUAAAGAUGUUUGUGGAACUUUGAGUCCACAUUUCCUGCCUUUCAAAUGGUUUUUAUUUAUAUACUUCAAUGAAAACUGGUCACUAGGUGAAAUUUAAUGGCCUGUGUUAUACAGGAAGUCAGACUUGAUCAUCUAAGGACCCCUUCUGGCCUUAAAUUCUAUGAAUCUACAGAUUCUAUGAAUCUAUGAAUCUAUGAAUCUAUUUUUAAAAAUUAAACACGGUCCUGAAACUUUUUAAUGUCCUUUUUUAUUGAACUCCUACCCAUAGGUCUUACACCAAUCAGCCUAAUAAAACACAUCUCCAUGAUAUAUUCAACUGGGGAAUUAGUUCUGGAUUCCCAAUUCUUAUUUUAUCAUAGCAAUGGACAAGCUGCUUCACAGCCUGGAUCCUGUUCCCAUUGGUAAACGAUUAUUGGCUUUAAUGGUACAGGAUCAGGCCCAGUGUUUGUCAAGUGGAGCUUAAAUGGUAAAUCAUAAUUUCAAAUAACAAAGCACAGACACUAAGACAUUAAAUGAUACCAUAAGAAAUCAUGGCCUAAUUCCCAGCACUCAGAUUGUACAUUCUGAAACAUUCACACAGCUGAAGAAGAAUUCUCCAUUAAUCUUUCAAUAAUACCUGGCAUUCAAGUUCUUUACCUUUUUCAAAAUACUAAAUUCAAAUUAGUCCAAUUUCAGUUUAAAUUGUCUAUUUCUUUUUCUCUUCUUCUACGAGGUUUGGUAAUGGCAACUUUCCAAUAAUACUCUACUGUCUGCAGAGAGAGGCAGCAAUUCUGUCUCUGUCUCUGUCUCUGUCUCUGUCUCUCUCUCUCUCUCUCUCUCACACACACACACACACACACACACACACACACACACACACACACACGGCUCUCUCAGGAAGGCUUUACUUUUGUUCUUUCAUUUUUCAUUUUCAAGCCAUGGUCAUGGACAGUAGCUGUUUGUAUCUGUGGGGAAAAUGCAUUAAUUGUAAUGC